GGUGGGUGGGUUUGGCGGUGUUCAUCGAGUCCUCUAACCCAUCAUUGUGGAUGCCUUCCUGUUACUGUGUGCAUGAGUUAUUAUUUUAGUGGAAUUCAUCCCCCAAACCAGCUCAGAAACAUCCAUGCCUCCACAUCUGCUUAUAAAUAUUACCUGAUCACAUGUAUCCUAUUCACCUCAAGCUCUAUCCAUAAGGUCCCAAAUCUCUCCUCUGGACACUAAAACACUGCAACUAUAGACACAAUUGUAGGAGAAAAAACAACCAUGUGUUCCAACACCAUGAACUCCAUCCAAGAAUACCCAUCCUCCCUUCUCUUCAGACAGAACUCGAAGAAGUCUAGAGUUCGGCUCUCGCUUACUGCAAGGAUCAGGAGGUUGCGAAGGAGAAAGGGAAGUAGGAAGGAAGAGAAAGAGCAACGUAAGCUGGGGUCAAAUAUGGAGAUGGUGAAUCUAAAGCUUUAUUUGGAGAACCGAUGCAUCAUGGAGGAGAAUGAGAGGCUGAGGGAGAAAGCUCUCCUCCUGCGCCAAGAGAACCAAGCUUUGCUCUCCAACUUGCGCAUCAACAGCUUCACUACCAUCACCACCACCACAACCCUUCACAACUAAAAUGAAGAGUUUCUCUUCCAUCUUUCUGAUAUAUAUAAAUCCAUAUGCGAUCCUUUUCUUUUACUGUUAUCUUUGAUAGUACGUAUGAAAAAAAGUUCAGAGGCGUUGGUGUCGUUUUGAGAUGUGUUGUUUACUUCUGAUUUAGUUGCCGGAAAGCAUAUGAACGGUAUUAGUAUAUUUUCA